AUGCCGAAACCCACCAAAGAAGAUUGGCAAAAAAUUAGCAAGGAAUAUAAGGAAAUAUGGAAUUUUACCGAAUUUGGAUCGGCAUAUUUUAAUUAUAAAGGGGUAAAUUCGAUCGUCUUACUUGCUUUAGUAGAUGCACACUAUAGAUUUAUAACUAUUGAUGUGGGUUCAUAUGGUCGGAAUUCUGAUGGAAAUGUAUUUGCUAAAUCUGCGUUAGAAAAAGCGUUAGAAAAUGAUACAUUAGAUGUUCCACCUGAUACACCGAUAGAAGAAAAUGGAGACCCAAUGACAUACGUAGUUGUUGCAGAUGAGGCAUUUCCCUUGAAAUCAUAUCUUAUGCGACCAUAUAGCAGGGUAACCUUAGGUGGAAAUGAAGGAAACAAAAUUUUUAACUACCGAUUUUCUCGCGCUAGACGUGUAGUGGAAAACGCGUUUGGAAUACUUUCAAAUCGUUGGAGAGUGUUCAGAACAAAUAUUCAAGUACAACCAAAAUCCGUAGACAAAAUAGUACUUGCUGCAUGUUGUCUUCAUAAUAUGUUAUGCCAAAGUCAUGAUUUUCAGUUGGAAGAAAUAAAUAGCUAUGAAAGUACCGAAGUUCUUGGAAAUAUGGAACCGUUAAGAGGGAAUAGCACCCAGAGAUCAUUUCAAAUACGUGAGAAGUAUAAAGAUUUUUUUUUUAUCGUCUGUUGGGGCAGUAUCAUGGCAGUACGAGAUGGUUCGGAGAGGACGAAUUAA